AUGAAUAAUGAAGAGAGCUUUCAACCAGGCGAAGAUCUGGAGAUGUCUAAUUCAAGUUUUCCGGGUUUGAUCCAUUCCUGUAGUUUCUGCAACGUGCAGGAACUCGAUCCUAGCAUGGAACGCAACUGGAAAGUCAAUGAUGACGUAUUUUCCGGAACCCUCAUCAGAUAUCGGGGCUCAAGGAUACGAGAUGGCGCGUUAGAAGGCUGCGCUUUUUUCAAGGAAGCUUUCGAUUCGCUCCAGUCUAUCUUGGAAACUCAUGAAAAUGAAGAAACCAGCGAUUCGCCCCGUUUCCGGCCAGAAAACUGGACAUAUGAACUGUUCUUUAGUGAGUAUGCGGAGCGUCUAGAAACGGCUAGAGGCACUUGGAGAUGUGCGAUGGGUGAAUUGCGGGGAGAUGUGCGACAUCCGGAGCAAAAAGAACGUUCUUAUUUCGUCUUGGCUUGUCAAGGCAACCCAGCAGCGGAGAGCAUUCUGAUUCGACCAUUUCUGCACGAUUUCAGAUGGCAGGAAUCAGCUUCGUGGGCAAGGCAACGCCUUUACGAGUGCGAAAUGAACCACCCAGAUUGCGCAUUGCCAAGCUCUCCAUUUCUUCCCGGAAGGUUGUUGGAAAUCAAUACAUCCAGUGAAGAGAGCGGAAUGUGCGUCCGCGUUCAUCUAGUUAUUUCCUCCAAACUCGAUACCGCCAGAACGAAAUACGCGACUCUAUCCUACUGUUGGGGAGGCCCACAAGAAUUCCAGUUGAAUGGUGGCACAGAAGACAUACUAAAGGGUGGGGUAUCUGCUUCAAUUCUUCCAAAAACCAUCCGUGACGCUGUCCAAGUGACCUCGAAUCUUGGGAUUGCUUGGAUUUGGAUCGACAGUCUUUGUAUUCGCCAAGAUAGCCCAGAGGAUAAAGCGACCGAAGUUGCGCAAAUGCAUAGAAUAUAUGCAAGUUCUCUCAUUACACUCUCAGCUAGCAGGGCUGGCAGUUGCAGUCAAGGGUUUCUUCAUCAAUGCUCUCUGCCUGCUCCAGGGACAACCGGGUAUAGAUUACCCUUCGCUUCACCAUCUGGAAGACUGGGAUCGGUAAUACUCUCUAGUAGUCAGAUAAACUCACCGGUUGAUCUCCGCGGCUGGACUUACCAAGAGCAUCUGCUUGCCCGUCGAGUUCUUCGAUUUACCGAUUGUGAGCUCCACUGGUCUUGUGGGAGUAUUUCAAUGCAUGAGAAUGAUACAAUUCAAAGCUUACCAUCAUCACUCGUUCGCCUCCUAGACAAGACAUACAAGAUGUAUAAGGGUAUUCGUGCCGAGGACCGAGAUUGCAGGAAUUGGAUGGAUAUUGUUGAGCAUUAUACUUAUCGCAAGUUAUCGGACGAGCUGGAUAGACUUCCAGCAAUAUCUGGAAUAGCCCAGACUUGGGCUCAAACAUCAAAUGAUCGCUAUCUUGCAGGCCUCUGGAAAUCACAUCUUCCUUUAGGGCUACUGUGGUCCCAUGAACAGCCACAUCGGCAAGGCGAAUUCCAAGCAUAUCGCGCACCUUCAUGGUCAUGGGCUUCUACUGUUGGAUUUGUCAAGUGGCAUGAUUUUAUGCUUACUGAAGUUGAUCCUAUGCUCGAAGUCGUAUCAUGCAUAACUCAACCUGCUCAUUCCCAGGCACCGUACGGCGCUGUGCAAUCCGGAUCAUUAACUGUGCGAGGUCUUGUACAACAGACCGUAUCCCAUGGCGUUCCAGAGUUUCCGACAUUAAUGAAUGAAGACAACGAAUAUCUUGAUCUUGAUCUGGCAGACGUUCACCUUGAUUUCUGGGAGACCUUAGCUUCCAAGGUCGAAGGCAGCAGGAUAUUCAGUCUUCAGAUCUGUUGCUUCGACGAAACCACCGGCAAGGGACCAUCGGGACUUCUAAUUACUACAAAAGACGGAAAGGAGUUUUCUAGGAUUGGAAUGUUUUUCUUUGAGCCACCGCAAAGCCAUGAUAUUGAGGAGCUUAAUGAUUUUGAGGCACUGCUUGAACUAUCAGAAAGCCGAAAGUUUGUUCAGAGAUCUGCUUUUCAGGAUAGUGUCCCACAAGUGAUCGAGAUAAUUUAA